AUGGCGACACCGCCGCUGGGCCCGCCGCUGAGGCCGGGCGGCUGCGGCGGCGGCGAGCGGCGGUGGCUCGGCGGGGCGGCCGCGGGGCCCCUCGCCUCGGCGCCUCCUGCCGCGGGGGCCGCUGGGGGUGGCCGCGCGGCCCCGGUGCCGGGGGGCCCUGCGAGCGCGUUCGGGCUGCUCAGCGCCUCCGUGUGCUGUUCCGCGUCGGUGGCGUCGGCGUCGUCGUUGAUGAUGGCCCGGUCGGGGUCGGGGUCAACGGCCCACGCGGCGCGCGCCAAGAAGGAGUUCGUGUGCAAGUUCUGCGGCCGGAGGUUCACCAAGUCCUACAACCUGCUCAUCCACGAGCGCACGCACACGGACGAGCGCCCCUACGUUUGCGAGGUGUGCCACAAGGCGUUCCGCCGCCAGGACCACCUGAGGGACCACAGGUACAUCCACUCCAAGGAGAAGCCCUUCAAGUGCCAGGAUUGCGGCAAGGGCUUCUGCCAGUCGCGCACGCUCGCCGUGCACCGAACUCUCCACCUGCAGCCCUGACAGCCCGGUGCCAGGCUAGGUGGCGCGGUGGCACGCGGAAGGGAUGAGGGUUGACGGGGCUGCGAGGCUCGACGAGUCUGGACAUCGUGGAGCCUCGUGGCUCCGAGCUGAGCAGAGCCACAAACUCCACGCCGGGUUUUCAGGUCUUAGUUGACACGUGCGGUUGGACUCAUUGAUGACUGCAGUGCAGCGACAGUGAUGAUGAUGAUGAUGAAGAAAAACCAGUGCUAUGCACCACCAGACGAGUCCCUCUGGGAAGAAGAACCAGUGCUAUGCACCUACCAGACCAGUUCUCACGGGAAAGCUACGUGAGCUGCGUGAGCUCUUGCCACCUUUAAGCUAAAACAAAAAAAAUUCCAACACGUGUCUUGGAAAGAAGAAGAGAGUAUCUCACAAGGCCGGAGGAGGGGAGAACUACUUGUAAAUGCAUCGUCUUGAGUGCUGUGGUGGUGAUGUUGUUGUUAUUGUUGAUGUUAUGAUGUGACUGACAAAAGCCCGAGACUUUAAGUGUCCGGUGAAAACCUACAGAUGUCCCAGGAGAGCUGCUAAAACAAGUGGACGAACCUGGAAUUGAACGGGACAGGUGGCAAGCCUCGGUGCACGUACCCAUCUGGUGGAUACAGUGCUGAUGAUGAACCUACUGCCAGCACAUUCCAGUUUCUUAGAGGGUCUCCGUGUGAGUCCGUGGAUUUCCGUGAGAACUAUGGGUAUCUAUGUGAGUCUCUGGACCUCUGUGUGAGCCUGUAGGUCACCGGUGCUGAUGAUAAAGCCACUCACAGCACAUUCCAGUUUCUAAGUGGGUCUCCAUGUGAAUCUCUGGGUCUCUGCGUGAAUCUCUGGGUCUCUAUGCGAGUAUAGGUUUCCAUGUUAGUCUAUGGGUAUCUAUGUGAAUCGUAACGAUUUCCUGUGUAAGCCUAGAGGUCUGUACUGCUGCUGCUGAUGAUGAUGAAGCCACCGCCAGAGUAUUUUAACGUCUCAAUUAAUCCACCUGCACGCGUUGUCAUUGAGAGACUGGAAAACCCGGACUGGAGUUUUGUAUCCUCCUCAACCUGGAGCCACGACCUGGCACUGGUGUUACAGUGGUGUGUGAGUGGGGGGCAGUGUGGAUUUGACUGUGUGAGUGCGAGGAGUGUGUGUCGGUGUGCUGAGCUAUGGUGUAGCGGUCAGCACUGCGCUACGAACCCAGCGACCCGAGUUCAAUUCCUGCUCCUGGCCAACACCAGUGACGGUCAUUUGAACCUGUCCUGGGCUUCCUCGAGGUUUACUCAGCCUCAAAUGAGUACCUGGUGCCGUGUGUGUAAAUAUCAUCAUUUGGAAGACAAAAGUGGCCGGGCGCAGUGUUGGUCACCCACCCUUCCCUCGUGUGCCAUAGGUGCUCACCAACAGCACUUGCCCCAACAGUCUGUUAAGGCUACAUGGAGGGGGGAAUAUUUGUCUUGAGUAAAUGUGCAUGAUAAUUACAGUCGAUUGUGAAAACGUCCAAAGGGGAUUAUUGAAAAGGAUAGUUGACCAAGGAAGAGAGUGCAUGGUGCUCCAACAUAAUUUGACGUAUGCUUAUUAUUUUAUAGAAGUGGGGGUGGGAGGGGUUUACUAAAUGUCACAGCAAUCGAUUUCCAUUCGUUUUUAUAGGUAAAAAAAAACAAAAAAAAUCUCACUCGCGAGUAAACAGUGGAGAAAUCCUCAACUCGCCCAGACAAUAAAAUGUGGAGGAGAAAACAAAGUGGUGAACAAAAAAUCCACCUAUAUCAUCGACAACAAUAUUCACCGAGACUUUUUGACAAAAAAUCCACCAAGAUCAUCGACAAAAAUUUUGACCAAAAUCUAUCGACGAAAAAAUUUACCGAGAUCUAUCGAAAAAAAAUUCACAGAGAUCAUCGACAAAAAAUCCACCGAGAUAAUCGACAAAAAAAUCACCAAGAUCUAUCGAUAAAAAAAAUCCACCAAGAUCAUCGACAAAAUUUUCACCAAUAUAUAUCGACAAAAAAUUAACCGAGAUCUAUCGAUAAAAAAAAUUAACCGAGAUCAUCGACAAAAAAUCCACCGAGAAAAUCGACAAAAAAAUCACCGAGAUCUAUCGACAAAAAAAUUCACCGACAUCUAUUGGCAAAAAAAAUCACCGACAUCUAUUGGCAAAAAAAAAUCCACCAAAUCACCAGCGUAGUGAAUGAGUCGUGCGCGGGCAAAGCGAACUUCUGGCGACGGUAAAGCGUCUUUUACGAUCCUGUGAGCUCCGAGUGGGUCGAGAGGAGUGAGACAACGAGUUAUUGCAGGUGCUUGUGACUAGGGCCGUGGGACAUCGAUGAUGCUGCUCAUGAUAAUGCUGAUGGUGGUGGUGGGCCAAGUGCAGUGGACUUCAACAGGGGACUUACGCACAGACACAGGACGAUUUCGUUACGGCCGCCCACUGCUUCUCUAUGUCAAUACACGGGACUUGGUCCAUUAGCGGACCUCCUGUACAAUACGUACGAUGAACACCCUGGUAAGACUUGCAAUGACUCCUA